AUGAACGUUUCGGUAGUUCAAGACGCAUACAUCCAGCGUACAGAAACAGUUACGCAACAGGAACAGGAGGAAAGGCAUUUGUUAGCGGCAAAUGCUCUGCAUUUUGUAAUACAAAAUGUUUUUGCCAACAACUCAAAUACAUUUGUUUUAGCAAUAGCAGUGGGAGGCGGUUCCUGGAAAUUUUGGUUAAACGACAUAAUGAAAAAAUUAUUUGCCACUUGGGGUUUUAUGGCUGUGCAACUGGUUCUACAAGAUUCCAAAAUGGAGCGUAUUGAAAUGCCGGGAAAUUAUUAUUGCAAUAUAAUUAUCAUCGAUUCCUUCAAAAGCCUUGAACGGACUAAUUUAGCGGAGAAUAAUAAAAAUUAUGACAGUUUGGAAUAUUAUUUUAUUUUUCUACAAACACAUGAUGAUCAGGCAGCCAAAGAAAUGGAAUUAAUUUUUAAAUAUUGUUUCAAUAAUUAUUGGUUGCAUUGUAAUGUUAUGGUGCAGUCGUCAAAAGGCGAACUAUUUGUUUACACUUACUUUCCUUUUAAGGAAAACAACUGCUUUCAAACUCAUCCCGAAAUGAUAAAUAAAUUUAAAGGUGAUGGUUUUGAAAAUGAGGAAAUAUUUCCAAACAAAUUAGAAAAUUUACAGGGAUGUCCCAUGAAAUUGACGACCUGGGACUCACCCCCAUUUGUGGUGAAUAAAACGAAUAAAAGAUAUCCCAAAUUACGAGUGACAGGCUUUGAAAUGAUAAUGUUAACUGCAAUCAGCGAAACUAUGAAUUUCACUGUAGACAUUGAAUGGAUUUCGUUUUACAGAAAUCAAUCACCAGAUGCUGGUCUCUUGACAAAGUUGCAACAUCAUGAAACCAAUAUAACCAUGGGUUUCUUUCGUCACACCAAUGAACGAGAUAAAAUAGCUACGCCUACUUUUGUCACCUAUUAUGUACCAUUGAUUUCUCUAAUACUACGUAAACGAGCCUCACAUGAGUCCAUGGGCAUAUUAACAUUUCCAUUUGAUAGAAUUACUUGGAUUUUAAUGUUUGUGAGUUAUGCUGUUGUUGGAAUUAUCAAUGUUUUACAAAGCAAAGAAAUUAAAGGCGGUAUUUUUCAAACAUUUGAAGUUAUUAUUGGUAUAACAAUAAAGGAUGUGCCAAAAACAACAUCGACAAGAGUACGCUUUAUGACAACACUUCUAAGUUCAUUCAUUUUACGUUCCGUCUAUCAGUCAUUACUUUUCUAUCUUUUUCGCAACAAUUUUUAUCAGUCGCCUCCUAUAACCUUAAAUGCUUUAGUUGCUGAGGGCUACAAGGUAGUAUGCACCGAAUUGACGCAGCAAUUUUUACUCUAUGUACCACAAAUUGAGAAUAAAACAUUGCCAUUGUUAGUGACCAACAGCUCAAGUGAAAUGUCUCCCAUGCGUUAUGUGGAAUAUCAUCGAAAUGAAAGUUUGGUGGCCAUAUCUAUUAUCGAGUUUGCACUGCGUUAUGUACGCGAGGAAUUAACUUUUGGCACUGCCCUGCGUGUUCUACCUAUGAAAGUUAAGGAUCAACAGAUUGGUUUUUAUUUGACUAAACAUUCCUACUUAGUUGAUCGCUUCAACAAUUACAUACUGCGUUUGCAUGAAUCGGGACUUUUGGAUAAAUGGCGUGAAUGGGCAAAUUUGGAUUACAGGGUUACCAGAAAGCGUGGUUCGGCCACUGCUUAUCAUAGUGCUUUAAUGAUUAACUUAAAUCAGUUUACGGGCUUUAUAUUGUUGAUGAUAUUUUUACACUUAACAUCGAUUAUUUUCUUUGCACUGGAAUUAUUAUCGCAGAAAAUUGUGUGGUUACAAAAGUUCUUUUAA